UCUAUUCAGUUUCGCUCGGCACUCUGUCCGCGCUGGUUCUCCAAGCACCGCCUUACUACUUUUAUCCAUAUAUCUUCUUUAGAAGUGUCUGUAUAAAUAGUCAAUAAAAAAUUCAAAGUGCUACUAUACAAAAAAGUUUAAUCAAAAUUUUAAAAACAAAUCUUACACAUCAACACCGUUGAUAGGAAUGAACAGAAGAGGCUGAGGAUGAGAUACGGAUAGAAAAAUAGCAACAUAAUGUGCUAUGUGAUUGUUACUGGCCGCAGUCUACUGUGGUCCCUACUGUCUUUGGUUGCUUUGAUGGCCGUAUUUUCGGCUCUCAUAACACCAAAGUGGAUCGUUGGACCUCCGAAGACUAAAGAUACUCAAAAUGGUACUGAAUUGUAUACACCAACAGCGGGAAUUUUUAAUCGAUGCACAAUGCUCUUUAAUAGAAUACAUUGUGCUAAUUUCAACAUCGAUGGUCUUGCAACAGAUUCCAAUGUCUUUCCAGGCUGCUGGAAAGCUUCGCUGUUUUUCCUUGCUCUAGGCUUGUCAGUAAUGGCUCUGACAGUGUUUGCAGCUUUGCUUGGAUGCUGUGUUCAGAGUAUUGGUCGCAAAAGUAUUUUCAAUCUCGCCGGAGUUGCGCAGGCUAUUGCUGGAAUUCUUUACUUGAUGGGUAUGAUUUUGUACCCCGCUGGUUGGGGUGCGCCUAGAGUUAGACGUAUAUGUGGUGAUGCUUCGCCUUUUUAUCUGGGAGACUGCACUUUAGGUUGGGCAUUUUAUAGUGCAGCGAUUGGAGUUGCUUUAACAUUCGUUUGUGCAAUUUUAAGUGCACAGGCUGAAAAAUCCACUGCCAGUGACAAGGUUCAGGAUAAAAUGAAUGAAGGCAAAACAUUAAUUUGUCUCGCAUAAAAGUUCGAUGACAAAUGGUCAGAUAAAAUUAAAUCGUGCCUAUAAAAAUUAAUAAAAUGCCAUUGUGAUGAUGCCGAGAAAGUAAAUAUCUAUAAUAUACAAAAGAUUAAAUAACUAUUAUGAUUAUAAAUGACAAAGAGAAUUCAGAAGUUAUAAUAAUUGUGUCAUUGAAUAUCAAUGAAUAACUUGUCAUUGCUUAUUAUGGCCUUUAAGAGGUAGACUGUAAUCAUUGCAUUUUAUCGUUCAUGUUGAUAUUUUUGACUAUAUCAAAGUUUUCUGAGAUACUGAUCAAUACAAACAAUUUACUUAAUUAACAUAAAACGAAACAAAGAUCUGAUAAAUUACUUAAUUCAUGUACUUGUUCUUAGUU